UCUUCAACAUCCGGGCGGCCCUAGCAACCCCAAGAGCACCACUGGCACAGGCUGCUUGCAGCUACCUAGGGAGCCUGCAGGUCACUUUUCUCGAGCAGAGGCUAAUUUUAGCACGUUCCGCUCCAAUGUCCUUGCACUGCAGCUGCAGCGCCGUCUUCGCAGGAGCAAUUUGCUAGGACCCGAGACUGACCCCGACUUCUUUUGCCAGCUUCAACUGAAAGAUGUUUAGAUUAACCAGGGCUUCUCUCUCACCUCGAAAGAACCGUUGAAUCUGUAAUCCCAAGGAACUGAGACACGGUUCAGAGUGUGCCGCGAGCGACCCAAAGACUCGGGCUCUCGUUCGGGGACCCUCUUUAUCGGCUACCUAGCAGAGACUCCGUCCUCACGGCGAUGCAUCCGCGACCCCCGUCCACGUCGCGUCUUUGGGCUUCUUGAUCCCCCACCUCCGCGUGUGCUCUCGAUGCGCGAAUCAGCGGACACUUGGUCGGCGAUGGUGUUUUAUUUCCUGGGCCAUCCAAAACCGACUGAUGCGCGAUGAUAUCCCCGCAGUCCACGAUGCAGCAUCAAUCUCAGCCGCCGCCGCAUACUGCCGACCUGCAUGGGCAUUCCCCGUCGCCGUCCAUAAUACGGCAGCAGCACACAACGGCCGCUGCCCCUACUACUCUUACUACUACUGCUGCUGCUGCUACUACUACUGCUACUACCACUACCACUACCCCACUGUCAUCAACCGCGACGCCUUCCACUGUCCCCGUGGCGAGGCCCACUCUUCCGGACACGGACGUGACGGCCGAGACGAUCGAGGAUGCCUACAUUAGCUUCAUCUUGUACUGCAACCCCGCCGUGCCGCCCGAGACGGACGCCGCUGCUCUGCGGGAGGCAUUCCGCGUCCCUCCCAAGAGCGGCGGCAAGACCUUCAGCACUUUUACUCUCUUUUUGCUCAUAAAGCAACUUGAGACCAAGGAGAUUAAGACCUGGGCCGAAUUGGCCCUGAAGUUGGGCGUCGAGCCGCCGGAUCAGGACAAGGGGCAGAGUUCUCAGAAGAUUCAGCAGUAUGCUGUCCGGCUCAAGCGCUGGAUGCAUUCUAUGCACGUGGAUGCCUUUUUCGAGUAUUUGAUGGACCGUCCUCAUGCGUACUGGACCAAGAUCCCCAAUGACCCGACCCCCGUGUGUGAAGCGGGAAGGGACGGCGUAUUGGCGGAGGACGACAUGGCUCUCCGCGCGCUGUUGCCGCAGAUUCGGCCCAGGCGUGGUAGGAAACGCCCAGAUGAAGACGAUUUCGCCAAGUCUCCCUCACAACGAGCGAGGUUGGACUCGCCGCCCACCGGGAACGGGUAUGGCCCGAGACAGGGAGAGGCUCUUGGACCGUGGUCCGCCCACCCCGAUGGCCGGGCUUCGUUCGGCUGCUCCGACCCUUCGAGACUGAGUACCAGUUCGGGACCGGCAUCAGGAUGGCCGCCGGCUCAUGACACGGCGCAGACGCCUCUCACGGCAUACCCGCAAGGCCCAAUGUCGGCGCUGACACCGUCAACACGCAAUGAUGGCUUCUGGGGCGAUGCCGAACCCAGGUCGGCAAUCACGCAGUCACGACCCAAGGCCUCUCACCGGCGACACGGUGCUAAGGCUGUGUCUUCUGCCUGGAGGAGCGGUGGCCCGGGAGGCAGCGGCAAAACACGCGGCAGGCCCCCGAUGAAUAAGACCAAUGUCGACGGUCCAUUUGUGGCGUUUCCGGUCGACGAACCGGCUUCGAAGAGAAAAGGCUCCGAUACCACGAGCAUCAUGGGGCCAAUCACACCCCCGACAUCAUUAUCCAACAGCGUGCCGCCGGCUGUGCGCCCCGACAUCGCCCACCCGCCCCAGACGCAGCGACCGGCUAAGCCCAACAUCUCACUCCAAGUCCCAGAACGAUUAGGCGGCUCUGUCCGUCUCGCGACACCACCUCCGCCGGUCGUCCUGGUUAACGGGGACCCCGCGGGCCGAUCACCUGGUCCAACGAGUCUGACCACGUCCGCACCGCCGGUGGAAUUACCAACCAACAAUCAUAGCAACGCGCCACCGACCGCGAUACCAUUUGCAGACGUGCACGCGCAGACUGCCCAAGAUCCACUGUCCACUGCGCAACGCCGCGGCGUCCCCAUCUUGUCGAACGAUAUCCCCAUAGGCAUGUUCGAAAACAUGGAGGACCGCACCAAUAUCGACGCGGUGCUGGGCUACUUUGCGCACGAGACGGCGAACGGCGACUGGGUGGACGCGCAUGACAACCCGAUUGGCAAGUGCAGCAUCGCGGAGGCGUACGCGCUCGUGCACACGACGGUGGAGCGCAUGUGGCAGACGGCGCCGAACCACGAUGCGUUUCUCGUCAACCUCGCAGCGCUGGCCGGCGGACGGGCAUUGAUGACGACGAGCAAGCUGCGGAUCAAGCGGGAGGAGGAGCACGGGGACCGUGCAACAUACAGCUGCAGCUGGCAGUUCCGGCUGGGCACGAUCCGCGGGAACUACAACAUGGUGCAGACGGUCAUGUACAACCGGUGGAAGCGGCCCGAGGAGAAGACGGAGAAGCCGAACAUGAAAGGGACGGCCGAGGCCGAGUCGGAGUGGGAGAGGAAGUACCGGGAUCUGUUGGCGUUGUCGGAGAAGAGGGACAAGGAGAUACAGGCGCUCCGGGCCGGGAUCACGGCAAAGCUGAACCAGACGUUUGAUAACUUUAAGGAUAUCGAGAAAUGAGGGAAAGUUACUGUCAGACAGGCCAUAAGAGUCUGGAGGGUUUGAAGGAAGAAGAGGUGAUAUCGAACAUGGAACACAGCACAUCGGUACACGGACGGCGAACGGUUGGUCGUUUGAAGCCCAGAACAACCAUUUUCGAAGGGCAAGCAUACAAUUUGCACGAGAGUUCAUUACUCGAAGGCAAUAAGUCGGUGCCGGAUCAGGGGUAGAGAGGUAGGGGUUCAUUUAUGGAAUCAAAAUAGCCA